AUGGACCUCCAAAACGCACAGCUCCAAAACACCUUAACUAAACCACCCGGUCUAAAAUACCAAUCAAACUUCAUCACGCCCACCCACGAACAAGAACUGAUCACCAUCUUCCGCACCCUAGACUGGCCCUCCCGAUCCGGCCGUCUAGCCCUCCACUACGGCUACUCCUUCGACUACAAAACCUUUGGCAUAGACCCGGACAUCCCAUUCAAAGAAUUCCCGUCCUGGCUUGUCCCUUUGCUCCCCACCACUGAAUCCCGACCACCAGACCAGGUCUGCCUGCAGUACUAUCCGCCGGGCAGCGGGAUCCCGCCGCAUGUAGAUGCGCACAUGGCGUACGAUCAACUUUAUGCACUGUCGCUGGGGGCACCGAUCAUGAUGCAGUUUCGGCGGGGGGAGGAGAGGGUGGAUGUUGAUUUGGAGCCGAGGUGUAUGGUGCAGAUGACGGGGGAUGCGAGGUUGUUUUGGUCGCAUGGGAUUAAGAAGAGGAAGACGGAUGUGUUGGGGGAUGGGACCCUUAGGGCUCGGGGGGAUCGGUGGAGUAUUACGUAUCGGUGGAUUAGGGAGGGGGAGUGUGAGUGUGGGGAUGUUGAGGUUUGUGAUGUGGCGCAGAGGCGGAUGGGGGUUGAGAAGGAAAUGAGGUCGUUGAAGGGGGUGAAGGAGGCCGUUUAAAUGUUUGGAGAUGGGAGAUUGGGUUUAUGGUGGGUUGUUGGGGUUCUGUGGGUUCGUUGACUUGUACAUAUUAAGAUACUCUUGUUGGACAUGUUGUAUAUGCACUUUUCUUAUUCUUGUGGGUACUGAGGUAUUGAUUCAGCUAUGGUGUCUAGCGCUAUUUAAAGACAGGAAUGCCUGCAACCUUUCGUCAAACUGGCACUUAUGUGUCCUCUCCCAGCAGAGCAUGUUAAUUCCACCAGAGCUGCU